GCAGGGCUCCAGGAUCAGGAGUUAAACCCGACAAAAACAAUCCAGUCUCCAACAUGCGGGGAUUUGUUGCCCCUGCCAUUGGAGCAGCUGUCGGAUUAGGAAUUGUUUUUGUCGGAGUCCCAGCUACACUGGGGGCAGCAGGAUUUACCACGGCAGGAGUUGCAGCUGGAUCGCUGGCUGCCAAGAUGAUGUCUGCAGCAGCUGUAGCCAACGGAGGAGGACUGGCUGCUGGAGGUGUUGUUCCGAGUCUGCAGUCACUUGGUGCCCUAGGACUUUCUGGAGCUGCAAAAAGUGCAGUGAUCACUGCUAGCACUGUCAUUGGUGCCUUGAUCCGAAAGCGAUAAACUGGUCCCAAACUGCACCAUCUGACUCAUGCCAUCAACUCACCGCAAGAAGAAAUAGCAUGCUGGAUCAGCCCCCCAAAUCCCCUGGCUUCUCUCUCAACAAGAGAGGGCAAGAUCUGUUUUCCUCUCCACUGCAGCUGAAGUCUGAGGAGUAAUAAAGCCCUCAAAAUGCAGA